UUGCUGCAUUGACCAGAGGAAGAAAAGUAACAAAAGCUAUGGAGAACUCAACCCAAGUCAAGUUAUUUUAUCUCUUUGGCUUACAAGAGACAUUUAACAACAAAUCUGUUUAUUUUAUAUUGCCUCUUAUCACAUACCUUCUCAUCAUCACUGUGAAUCUGACUCUGAUCAUAACAAUAAUUCAGGAGAAAGGUCUCCAUGAGCCCAUGUAUAUCUUUCUGUGUAGUCUAUGUGUCAAUGGAUUGUAUGGAACUGCUGGUUUCUACCCCAAGUUGUUACUGGACCUUCAGUCAGAUGUUCAGGUGAUAUCUUAUGGUGGAUGUUUCACUCAAGCCUAUGUCAUAUACACAUCUGUCAUGUGUGAAAUUUCUACUCUAACAGUGAUGUCUUACGACAGGUAUGUGGCAAUAUGUAGACCACUACUAUAUCAUACCAUUGUGACAUCUUUAACUGUUAGAAAGUUACUCUUAUUUUCUUGGUGUUGUCCUUUAUUUAUAGCACUCAUAGCACUUAGUUUAGCUGUCAGAAUUUCUUUGUGUGGAUCUCGCAUUGAUAAGAUCUUCUGUGAUAUUCCGUCUAUACUGAAACAUGCAUGUUUACCCAUAACCAUCAAUCAGAAUUUGAACAAAUUUGUAAUAGUGGUUAAUGUUUUACAGAUACUUUUCAUUCUCAGCGCGUUUGGUCUCCGGUGCGCCGCUUCGGCCCAGGGUAUCCUGCGCCGGCUCUGCAUAAUGUGUCUCCGGGGAGCUGCGAGGGUUCAGUUCGCCCUAUGCCUGCGCUCUGCCCAGGCGCCCUUCAGUCCGGAGCGUCCAGAGGCGCCCUUCGGUCCGGAGCGUCCAGAGGCGCCCUUCGGUCCGAAGCGUCCAGAGGCGCCCUUCGGUCCGGAGCGUCCAGAGGCGCCCUUCGUUCCGGAGCGUCCAGAGGCGCCCUUCGGUCCGGAGCGUCCAGAGGCGCCCUUCGGUCCGGAGCUUCCAGAGGCGCCCUUCGGUCCGGAGCUUCCAGCGACGUCCUCCGGUCCGGGGCUCUCUACGAGGGUCCCCAGUCCGGGGUCGGCGGCGAGGGUCCCUGCUCUAGAGGUGCCACCUAAGUGGGCCAAGCCAGAGGUGGAGUGGGGUCUAAGUCCCUCACCAGAGCCGCCACCGCGGAGAAAUGCCCACCCAGGCCCUCCCCUAUAA